UCGAUCCCCUGUGUUGGGGACGCCCGUUACGGAAUCUCCCAACUGGGACGACCACCCUUCUUCUUCCCAUCCUUCAAACUUUCCCGAACCCUAAACCUUGUUCCUCCUCCUCUUUACCUUCCUUCCCUUCUCCCUGCUGUCAGGAUGAGCAAUCUGAGGGCGAUUUGCCGCCCCCACGCGGCCAUCUCCUCCUUUAUCUACUGCUGUAGAGGCAACGCCCGCCUAGGGUUUACCUCCUCCUCCCGAAAAGCCAGUUUCCGGAUCCCUUCCCCCUCCGCCGCCUCCUCUCCUUUCGUCCUCGAUGACUUACCGAGGAUGGCGCCGGCGUCCCGCGCCAAUCCGAGGAGGACUCUCACCAGGGUCUCCAAUUGGAAUUCCGAGAAAUCCCCCUAUGAGACGCUCGAGCUGGAAAGAGACGCUGAUGAGGAAAAGAUAAAGGCUGCUUACAGGAGAUUGGCCAAGUCUUAUCACCCAGAUGUGUAUGAUGGUAGAGGGACUCUUGAGGAAGGGGAAACAUCUGAAUCUCGAUUUAUUAAAAUUCAAGCUGCCUAUGAACUGCUAAUAGAUGAGGAGAAGCGGCGGCAAUAUGAUAGAGAUCACCGUGUCAAUCCAAUGAAGGCUUCUCAGGCAUGGAUGGAAUGGUUGAUGAAGAAGCGGAAAGCCUUUGAUCAGAGGGGUGAUAUGGCUGUUGCGGCUUGGGCUGAGCAACAACAACGUGAGAUGAAUAUCCGUGCUCGCCGUCUCUCUCGAUCAAAGAUUGAUCCCGAUGAGGAGAGGAGGAUACUGGCCAAGGAGAAGAAAGCAUCAAUGGAAUACUUCACCAAUACAUUGAAGAGACAUACGCUUGUCCUAAAGAAGAGAGAUUUGAUGCGAAAAAAGGCAGAAGAAGAAAAGAAAAAGGUCAUCGGUCAGCUUCUAGCUGCUGAAGGCCUUGAGCUUGACACAGAUGAUGAUGAAACAAUCUGAAAAUUUUCCUCACACGGUGAUGUAUUUCUACAUAUAGAUCCUGUUCAUCAAUCACUUGGCAAUCGGAAACAGCUAGUUGAAGGAUCCAGCCAACACUCCUCUAUGAUCAUGCGAUACAAUAUAUGUAAGUGUUCUAUAUUCAAUUAACAGGAAAGGAAAAGAAAGGUAGGAAGAUUAUUUCAAUAUGUCUUAUUCGUUUGGUUGGAAAUUGAUAGAAAUCAGUUUCUGGCUGCCACUUCUAUAAACACAAUUUUAGUUUUUAGUCUGGGUUCCGGUACUGGGGAGAAGUGUAGGGAGUGUUAAGAGGAGGGAAAAGAGAAUAACGGCUUGUUAGGCUGUCUGGGUCCAAAAUCCUGUAGGACUCAUGAGAUUAGGCCAGCACAACUAAAAAAAUCAGCAGAUCUUUUGAUGUCUUUUUUUAA